AUGCAGUCGAGCGAGUUCCCGCUCAAGUGUUAUGAUAAUAAACGAAAGGUGAUCGAGGCGCGUGCGCGUGCGCAUCCUUUGCCGCGCCGCCCGCGCUGCAUCCUCGCCGCCCGGAGCAGGAUCCUAGUGGGAGCGCCGGAGGAUGAGCGCUAUCCUCCCAAGCACUACAACAUCUCACGGCCCGGCGCGGUGUACCGCUGCGAGCCUGGCCGGAGGUCCUACUCCUCUGAGGGUCAUGGCCAGCGGGCGCUUGAGCGGUGCGCGGAGAUGGUGUUUGAUAGAACUAACAUGAAUCUGGUGGAUAAGCAAGGUCGUCAGAUCGAGGAGAAGUCCCACCAGUGGUUCGGCGCUACUCUCACCAGCACCGGGAGAAACGGGCCCAUUGUGGCCUGUGCCCCUCGCUACGUCUCCUACGUGUCAGCCAAGAUGAACCAGCGAGAUCCUGUGGGAACGUGCUACGUCGCCAAGACAUCCAACGCUGCCACCACCACAGAGUUCUCGCCUUGCAGGACUUGGCACUAUUCGCUGGAUGAGGCUAGCCACGGACAGCGCAAGACUGGUGUGUGUCAGGCUGGAUUUUCCGCCUCCAUAUCUAAGGUACGUUGUAUUUAUCAUUUCCUUAUUUAGCUGCCUAAAUCUAGU